GAGCCCGUGUGGACUGUCCCACCUGAAAAACGGCAUGUCGGUAACGUGAUGCCGCCCCUUUAAAACGCAGAGCGUCAGCCACGGAUGCUAAAGCACACCUGCUCCCUGUUAGCCUCUACCUGCCAGAGCGGCUAGUGUGAACUUCAGGCUGUCUGAGUACUAAAACACGAAUUCGCCUGCUGACACAGGUAACUCAGGAGAGUUUUCCACUUGAAACACAAACACAGGAACUGGCAGCGGUCUGUUUUCUAAACAGCCCCCAGCAAGACGUUUGAGCGGACCGGUUUAUGAGAGAGGGACCUUCUGCUGCUGUGACCGGGUUUUUUCUCACGGCACUCUGAGGCAGCAUGCCGGUCCAGAUUCCGGACGACACCGAUUUCGCCUCUUUCAAGGAGCAGUGCGAAAGCCAGGAAGGAUGGAUAGCACGGUACAACAAAGGAGGAGUGACGGUCUGGUGUAGAGACGAGGACACCAACACAGUGCAGAAACUGAAGAUGAGAAUUGUGUGCAAGGAUGUCCGAGCCGAAACGCUGUAUGAUGUCUUGCAUGACACAAGCUACCGGAAGAAAUGGGACACCAACAUGAUUGACACAUUUGAUAUUGGGAGACUGACAGUCAACGCAGAUGUUGGAUAUUAUUCUUGGAAAUGCCCGAGUCCACUGAAGAACAGAGACUUUGUCACUAUGCGCUCAUGGCUUCCCCUUGGCAAUGACUACUUGAUAAUCAACUACUCGGUCAAACACCCGCAAUACCCUCCAAAGAAAGACUAUGUCCGAGCUGUGUCUUUACUCACUGGCUACUUGAUCCAGUCCAAUGGACCAAACUGCUGCACCCUUUACUACUUAACACAAGUAGAUCCAAGAGGUUCUUUACCCAAAUGGGUAGUGAAUAGGGUCUCUCAGUUCGUGGCACCCAAGGCCAUGAGGAAGAUCUACAAGGCUUGUGUAAAAUACCCAGAGUGGAAGCGGAAACACAACCCUAACCUGAAGCCGUGGAUGUACCCGGAGCAGAACACUCUCCCCUGCAUCAACGUGGCUGACCUCACCGUGCAGAGAGCUGACUCGCUGGAGAACAUUGACGAGAGCGGCCUGAGUGAAGAGAAGUCCCAACACAACAGCGAUGAUGAGGAGACCUAAGCCUGCAGACUUUGUGCAUUUACAUGAGCGUGUCCGAGUGUGUAUGUGUGAAUGUGAGUGUGGAUAGAUAUACACAGGUACUUCUGCUGAAUGUGACCCAGUUAUUAGUUGUCAGUUGCACCUUAUGCAUUCUUUGCAUUUGCAUUACUGAUGACCUUAACAAUGCAAUGUUUCAAAGUUUCCAUAUAUUUUUGACAAUAAUGAUUGUGAAGCCAGAUUUAGCAGGAUGCUGGACCUUUAACAUCACAUUGCACAUAUCACAACUAAGUUUGGUGGUUGAAUUCAGCAUUUACACUUACGCAUUUAUACAUAAACACUUCAGCACAUUGUUUUAGGUUAGAGUUAUGUCUUUGAGUUACCCUUGAAAAGCCUCUCAGUUAAAGUGAUUGUUUAGCGAAAAAUCAAAUGUACACAUUUUCCUCCUACCUUAGAUGUGGUCGCUCUUUCAAGACAGGACUGUGGCAUGUGGUUUGUACAGCUGUAAUAUGUAGGUUAUAAGCUUUAAUUACUUAUUAUCUACAUUAGCUUUGUAGCUCCAAUGCAAAUCUAAAACGCAAAAUUCAAACACCAAAUUUGUCUUUGUUGAUUGACUAUAUUGGAGGUAAUUGUGUACAUUUGAUUUUUUGCCAAAUUAUUGCUUUAAACUGCUGUGACUCUAGUGUAAUUCAUUGCUUGUGCAUCAAGUGAUCUCCAUCUUUUUUCAGGCAUUAUGCUACUUGAAAACUAUCUCAUUCAAGUGUCAUUUUUCCAGUUUUUACCUCUUCUAGGUGACCAGCAGUCUUCGUUCCAGGGUUCUCUAACAAAGAGAAGUGAGAGUUAUACAGAACUCUGUGGCUAGCUGCAGGGAUUUCCACUUCAUUAGCUUAAUAUUUGCAUCAAACCCAUACCUUACAACAAGAUCUCAGGAGAUAAAAAUGGUAAAAAUAGUGCUUUUCACUGUUUUCCUGUUACAGUAUGUGUGCUUUCAGCUCUUUGAGACUGGAUCACUUUGUGCUGUAAUUUCCCACCAUCACAUUAAGAAUAAACAGUUUUAUCUUGUAUUUCUGGGAAUGUUUUUGUGCAUGUAUGACAUUGUAAUAUGAAGGUGGAGCAUGGCUGUUUUCUACAAAAAUCACACAUCAGGGCAAAUCAUUCUCUGCAGAGCUCAGUCAAACAUGCUUGGACAAAUGUUCAAUGCAUUUCUUUUGCACGGGACCGUUUUUUGCAUGUAGCACUGUCACUUAUGGUAUGAUCCUUGGUAAAGCUCUUGUGCUGAGCUCAUCUGAUCUGGACACUUUGAGGCAUCUUGAUGAAAUGAGCAUUUUUGAUUUGCAUGAAAAACAGGUUCUUCUCUUUAUUAAAUACAGCUAAUUCAAAUAUUACUAUUUUUACUGCUUUUUUAAAAGAGUGCUGAGGGAAUUCGCUUUUCCUUUCUCCUCCAUUGGGCAUAAAGGGAGGCUUAUGCCUGCCCACAGUCUUUUUCAUCCAAAUCCUACAGCUGGCGGCCACUCCUCAAAAUCUCUAUUGUCUCAGACAUUUCCUGCUUCCCAUUUGAAGCAGUUCCUGCCUACAUCAGUCAGAUUGUUCUGUGAGGAAGGAAACUGCACAAGCACAAGCCCCUCUUGAUUUCUCACACCAUAGUCCUAC